AUGAGUAGCAGCAAGAGGAUGAUGGCCGAUGUAUCCGGCGGUGGUUGGCUCCCGGACGAGAUGAUCAUGGAGGUGCUGCUGCGGCUCCCCGCCAAAUCCCUCCUCCGCUUCCGGGCCGUCUGCCGCUCCUGGGCGGCGCUCUUCUCCACGGAGCAGUUCCGCGGCCUCCACAUGGCGACCCCCAAGGCAGCGCCGCCCAAGCUGCUCUUCGUCUCGCCCACAGCAACGUCCGACUCCUCGACGGAGGUGUGCUCAGUCUCCCUGUCAGCAGGCCCCGAAGAUGACCUGAAGCUCUUCACCCUCGACUCUGCCUGCGGCGACUCGAUGCAGCUGCUCAUGCCGGCACCCUGCCAUGGCCUCAACCUUCUGUUCGACGCCGUCGCGCCGGCCUACUACAUCUGCAACGCGGCCACACGAGCCGUCACACGUCUCCCACCUUUCCCUCGCGGGUUCAGGCAUGCAUCUGCCGGGCUGGGGUUUGAUGCCCGGACAAGAAGGUACAAGGUGGUCAGGCUAAUCGGAGGGACACACGAUGACAUCGAGUCCGUCAGGUGUGAGGUGUACACACAUGGAGACCACGUAGGUGGUGGUUCUCCUAUGGAUAGCUGGAGGCCGCCCGCCGGCGGAGGAGUGCCCCUUGGAUUGCGCAGGUUCGCGGGUGCUGCUGUUAGUGAUGCACAAUUUCACAAUCUACCGCCUGUGUUUGCAAACGGCUCCCUACACUGGUCGCUCCACCCUCUCUCCUCCAAAAGGCCAAGGGCUGCUGUGAUAUCAUUUUCUCUUGCAGACGAAACCUUCAGUUUCAUCGGACCGCCGCCGUUCUGGACAUCGCCCGCACCCUUAUUGGCAUCAGAUCCAGAGAGCAUCCCCUAUCGCAACGCGGAAUUAGAAGGGCAUCUUGUGCAGAUGGAUAACCAACUAUGUAUGGUCCGAGACCUUCGAUAUGAUGGUAAUACCGGUGGUUGCAUUUUGGAGAUCUGGAAAUUGUCGGACCGUAGCUCCGGUGCUUGGUCACUGUAUCAUGCCGUUCAUUUGUUCGGGCGUGUGGCGAGAGAUCUAUGUCGGCCGGAGGUUAUGAGAGUUAUCGGUUCCACUAGCGGCAAUGGCAGGUUAGGGAAGAAGAUAAUCAUCAUUACUAGCGAGCACAUAAUGUACGAUGAGUUUCGGAAGAAGGCUCACACCUAUGACCUUAGCUCUGAAUCUCUAGAGACCAUUCUUUCAAUCGAGGAGACACACGCAUCACUUGAAGGCGUCACUCCAAGUUCAAGAUUUAGUUUAUUUGAAGAGAGCCUUGCUCCAGUGCAUCGAUUUGCUGAGCAUGCUUGA